UAGAAAGAUGGAGGGAGCUGACUGGAUGAGCAAUAAAAAUCUGGGACUCUGCCCAGAGAGAGAGAGAGAGAGAGAGAGAUACAGAGAGAGAGACAGAGAGAAAGAGAGACACAGACAGAGAGAGACAGAGAGAGAGAGAGAGAGAGAGAGAGAGGAUAAAGGAGGGGCAGCGGAGGAGGAGAAGCCUCGCUCGCUCUCGUAUGGAUUGCCGGUGGAGGAGGGAGGGGCGAGCAGGAGGAGGGAGGCUGAACGCCACAGUGUGAGGCGGCCGAGUGUGUGUGAGGGUGUGUGAGUGCCUGCCUGCCUGCCUGCCUGCCUGCUGCAUGUGCGUGCGUGUGUGUGUGUGUGUGUGUGUGAGUGUGUGUGAGAUGUGCUGCGGACCGGUGGAAGCUGUGUGAUGGCGUCUGGCUCCGUCCUCGCCGUCGCGCUCGACGCCUGAUGCUGCCGGAGCUGCCGAUGGCGGCCGGACGCGCCCUCUCUCCAGCCGGGCUCCUGCUGGCGUCUCCUCCUGGUCCUCUGCCCGUCCUUCCAGCGUCCCCCUGUCCUCUCUGAAUGGACGCUGCUGUCAACACGUGAGGCUGGUAGACCGAGUCCCUGAUCUGGACCUGAUCUGGACCUGACCUGGACCUGAUCUGACCGUGUCUCAGCUGACACUAAUGAAUUUUUGAAGGCUUCACCUCUUCACGCCGGAGCUGCUGUCCACGCCGUCCCGGUGCCGUGCCAAUCUGGAUCUGAAGGCGGCGGACGAGUCCUGCAUCUGAGACAAGCAGCGAAGCCUCACACACACUCCUGGACACGUCCUCGCGCCGGCAGCUGCACACACACAUGCAGCAGACAGAUCUUAAUUGGGUGUUUUCUCAGAACAAAAGAGCAGCUUGACUGAAGUGACGGCGGAGAGGAAGACCGGGUUCUGGACCCGUCGGCCCAGGAAGGCCCGGCUGGAGCGAAGGCGGGGGUUUGGGGUGAUGGAUGAACCCGGCGGCUCCUUGGAAUCGUCCUGCCGUCAGACUGUUUUGCCGGCAAACCGUCGGCCGUCGGUGUUUCUGAUUCCGUUCUUCUCCCGGGUUUCCGGAGCCUGAGCUGAUGAGUGGCGGCGGCGGCGGCGGCGCCGUGCAGCCGCGCACCACCUACCUCAUCUCCCUCACCCUGGUCAAGGUGGAGGCUGUGGAGGAUGGAGGUCCGGCCCCGAGCGGACGGGCGGAGGCGUCGGGACCGCCGCGCACAGCCGCCGCGGUCCCGACGGCCGACGGCGCCACUGUUGGGACCCCGGGUGGAGAAGAUCCGGCGUGCCGCCUCCCGACCCCGCCGGUUCAGAGGACCCGGGCCGAGCCUUUUCCGUCUCCGCCCGCAGUCACCGCGCCGCCGGCGGAGGUGACGGAGUCCGCCCGCACCCCGACCGCGCCCGGUCCGCCGGCCCGGCCCGCCGGGCAGCGCCCCGCCAGCCUGCUGAAGUGUCACGGUGGCGCGGCCACCAGGGGGCGCGAUUCCCGCGAGGGCCGAGAGCGCAGCCCGGCGUCGGCCCAGAGCCUCGACCGCAAGGACUGCCGCGCGGCGCCGCGCUCGCCGGGGCCCUGCAGGGCCUCCUGGGCCGAGGCCGGCGGGCCCCAGGGGUGGAGGGACCCGCGGGACGAGGCCGGAACUCCGCCCGAGCUCGGAGGCGCCGCGGCCGCCGCCGUGAGGGACGUCCCAGGAAGGACCGGCUGAAGUCGGGCUCCGCCUCGCUGCCCGGGCCGCCGCCGCACGGCGCCAAGCCGGCUCGCAAAGGCAAGAGCCGCACGCUGGACAACAGCGACCUCAACAGCCUGUCCGAGGACCUGGGGCUGGCCAGAGACCAGCA